AUGAAUCAGAUCGACAAUGUACUCGACCGUAUGGAUGAUCGGGUGCCUCUGGAAAACGAUCGUCGUAGGAUCCACAAGGCCGUUGCCGAUGCCAACUAUAUCUUUUUGGUAUACGCCAUAUUAUAUAGGACCUAUGCGACCUUUGCGUUCAUGACUGGCAUACUGAAUGCCCGGCCGCCCUGGAUGUUAUACAAUCCGUUCUUUGAUUGGCGAAAUGGACUGAUCCAUUUAUUAUUGCAUUCACUACUGGAACACCUCUUAUUCUUUCUUAUAGUUUUUUCGGCAUUGCUCGUAGACACGUUUCCAAUAUUAGUUAUUAUCAUAUUGCGAGGCCACAUCGAUGUGUUAAGAAAUCAUAUUCAAAACCUGCGCACUGGCCCACUGCAGGGCGAGGCUGAUAACUAUGAGGAGCUCGUUGACUGCGUUCUACACCAUAAGCUGAUUUUGAGUUGCUCUGAGAUCUUGCGUCCAGUUAUUUCGGGCACCAUUUUCAUACAUUUUCUAUUGGUUGGCAUCGUGCUGGGCGUAACCAUACUCAACAUAUUAUCUUCUACGGAUGUCGCUCAUCGCGUCGUAUCGUUUUUAUUUAUGGCUGCUUUGCUAUUAGAAUCGUUUCCCUGCUGCUAUCUCAGCGACCUACUCGCCGAAGACAGCAUGGACUUGUCAAACAUAUUGGCCCAAUCGAACUGGCUUAAUGCCGAUAGCAAAUAUAAAUCCACUUUAAUAAUUUUCAUGCAACACGCUCAAAAACCAAUUGUCUUUAUAGCCGCCGGCAUCUUUCCCAUCUCCAUGGCUAGCAACAUUAAAAUGGCAAAGUUCGCCUUCAGCGUUAUGAUCAUAAUGAAGCAAAUGAAUCUGGAUGAACGCUUAAAAUGA